GCAGGAACGGUUUCCAAAUUCGUUCCCAGUGAGUUCAAUUUGGACUACAAGCUACCGGAAGACAUCCUUGUUUACCCUCCUAAAUUGCAGCCGGUAGAAGCAGCGGAAGAACUAGCGAGAUAUCCGCAUCUGAGCUGGACGCUGCUUCGAAAUGGUAUAUUUCUCGACUAUCUUGGGCUACCCUGCAAGCCUAUUCAAACUUCUUUAACGCCAUUGUGGCUCUUUCUUGACCUUGACCACAAGAUGUGUCAUGUUCCUGAUGACGGAUCACAGACACUUGUACUAACUCACUCAAGCGACGUGGCCAGAUACCUCGAGCGCUUGAUAUGCCUCCCGGGUGAGCAAUGGCCCCGGGAGAGUGCUGUCAUCGGUAACAAACUACAACCUAAGGAUAUUGUUAGUAUUGCUGAGCAGGCAACAGGGCAAAAGUUUGAAAUAGUUUUUGACUUAAGGGACAAUAUUCGAGGUGGCAAACCAGUAAUUUUGCCAUCAAACACAAAGCAAGAGGUGCUUGGUGGUGAUAUGGAAACGCUCUAUGCUGUGGUUGCUGGCACGAUUCUCGCAGCGGCUGGAAACGGAUACGACAUUCCGGGCACGGAUCUGAGUACCCUCUUCCCUGAUGUCCGCAGGACAACUAUUGAAGACUUUUUGAAGUCAUGCUGGGCACUGAAAACGAAGGCAUGA